AACUUGCAGCUGGUAGGGCAAGGUCCGUGUGGGCGGACCUUUCACCCCCAGUUGUCAAGGCCUCCCAAAAGCUCUCUGGACAGUCUGUGCAGAGUUUAACCUGCAAGAGCACAGCCAUGCUGCCCUGGGGUCCGGUGCUGGGAGCCCUGCUGGUGGUCAUCGUCGGGUACCUGUGCCUGGUGGGGCUUCUCCGGCAGCGCAGGCCCCAGGAGCCCCCUCUGGACAAGGGCUCUGUGCCCUGGCUGGGCCAUGCCAUGGCCUUCCGGAAGAAUAUGCCCGAAUUCCUGAAGCAGAUGCGGGCCAAGCACGGGGAUGUGUUCACCGUGCAGCUGGGGGGCCAGUACUUCACCUUUGUCAUGGACCCCCUCUCCUUCGGCCCCAUCCUCAAGGAUGUGAAGAGAAAACUGGACUUCGUGGAGUACGCGGAAAAACUGGUGCUCAAGGUGUUUGGGUACCAGUCCGUGCCAGGCGACCACCGGAUGAUCCACUCAGCCAGCACCAAGCACCUCAUGGGCAACGGCUUGGAGGACCUCAACAAGACCAUGCGGGACAGCCUGUCCUUGGUCAUCCUGGGCCCCGCGGGCCCGCGCCCGGAGGCCAGCAGCUGGCAUGAGGAUGGGCUCUUUCACUUCUGCUACAACGUCUUGUUCAAGGCGGGCUACCUGAGCUUGUUUGGCUACACCAAGGACACGGAGCAGGACCUGCUCCAGGCGGAGGAGUUGUUCACGCAGUUCCGUAAGUUCGACCGCCUGUUCCCCAGGUUUGUCUACUCCUUGCUGGGGCCCCGGGAGUGGCUGGAAGUGGGCCGGCUCCAGCGCCUCUUCCACAAGACCCUCUCUGUGAAAGAAAACCUGGAGAAGGAUGGCGUCAGCAACUGGAUCGCCUACAUGCUGCAGUUCCUGAGGGAGCAGGGGGUAGCCCCGGCCAUGCAGGACAAGUUCAACUUCAUGAUGCUGUGGGCCUCCCAGGGGAACACGGGGCCCACCUCUUUCUGGGCCCUCCUGUUCCUCCUGAAGCACCCAGAAGCCAUGCAGGCUCUGAGAAAGGAGGCUGCCCAGGUCCUGGGGGAGGCCGGGCAGUCCUUCACCUUCGACGUCAGUGCCCUGCAACGCACCCCAGUGCUGGACAGCGUGAUGGAGGAGACCCUGCGGCUGGGGGCAGCGCCCACCCUGCUCAGGGUGGUGCACGAUGACCACGUCCUGACGAUGGCCAGUGGGGAGGAGUACCGGCUCCGCAGCGGAGACAUCGUGGCCCUCUUUCCUUACCUCUCGGUGCACAUGGACCCUGACAUCCACCCCGAGCCCACCGCCUUCAAGUACGACCGCUUCCUCAACCCCGACGGCAGCCGCAAGGUGGACUUCUACAAGGCAGGCAAGAAGAUCCACCACUACACCAUGCCCUGGGGCUCGGGCGUCUCCAUGUGUCCCGGCAGGUUCUUGGCCCUGAGUGAGAUGAAGCUCUUUGUCCUGCUCAUGAUCACACACUUCGACCUGGAGCUGGUGGACCCCGACGUGCCUGUGCCGCCCGUGGACCCCCAGCGCUGGGGCUUCGGCACCACGCAGCCCAGCCAUGACGUGCGCUUCCGGUACCGCCUGCGGUCCCUUGAGUGAGCUCUGCCCAGGGGGCCACCAGCCUGGCCAGAGGGGUUCCCUGGGGGUCUUCGCCUCCUCUCGCCCCUCUGCAGCCAAGACCCCCACCGACCACUGCUCCCUGCGGCUCUGUGGCACCCCUACCUCUGUCCUGUGGUCCUCCUUGCUCUCUUGUCUCCUUCUAGUCACCUCACAGGCUUACCACUCUCUCUCUAAAGCCCCUGCACCGUGGGUUCUGCAGGCCCCCCUGUCACAGGAGUCCAGAGGAAGGGAUUGGGAGAUAACACAGGCCUCCACCAGUCCUGCGGGAUAGAAGCUGGUCCCCACCAGGAGCUCAGCAUCUUGCCAAUAUGACCUCCCCCAGCUCCUUAAUUUUCCCCCUCAAUACUAUUCCAUGUCUUCUGGAAUUUGCAUUCUAGAACCGUGUUGU